AGAAGCAUAAUUUGGAAUCAAGUAUAUGUGAGUAGUUAUGGUGAUGGCAUGACAAUGGUAAUGCCCCUGUGUCUUGUGAGAGUCUGAGAUCGCUUUUCUCUCGAUCUUCCUUUUCCGCAUUUCUCAACAAUCGUUUCCAAUCCCACGCUAAUGGCAAAUAGUGAGACUUGUUGUUCAACUCAGCUUAUUGAUGGAGAUGGUACAUUCAAUGUUUCUGGGGUUGAAAAUUUCAUGAAGGAGGUGAAGUUGGCUGAAUGUGGGCUUUCAUAUGCCGUAGUUUCUAUAAUGGGUCCUCAAAGUAGUGGCAAGAGCACACUGUUAAAUCAUUUGUUUGGUACCAACUUCAGAGAGAUGGAUGCUUUUAAGGGAAGGUCUCAAACAACCAAAGGAAUCUGGAUGGCUAGAUGUGCUGGCAUAGAGCCUUGUACACUUGUGAUGGAUUUGGAGGGUACAGAUGGAAGAGAACGCGGAGAGGAUGACACUGCUUUUGAAAAGCAGAGUGCUCUAUUUGCUCUUGCUGUCUCAGAUAUAGUGCUAAUAAACAUGUGGUGCCAUGACAUUGGCCGUGAGCAAGCUGCAAAUAAGCCACUUUUGAAAACUGUCUUUCAGGUCAUGAUGAGAUUGUUUAGUCCACGAAAAACAACAUUGUUGUUUGUCAUACGCGAUAAAACAAGGACACCACUUGAAAAUUUAGAACCUGUUUUGCGAGAAGAUAUUCAGAAGAUAUGGGACUCUGUUCCUAAACCACAGGCCCACAAGGAAACCCCAUUAAGUGAAUUUUUCAAUGUUGAAGUUGUUGCUCUUUCUAGUUAUGAAGAAAAGGAAGAGCAAUUUAAAGAUCAGGUUGCUAGCUUGCGGCAACGGUUCCAUCAUUCUAUCGCUCCUGGUGGGCUUGCAGGGGAUCGGCGUGGAGUAGUUCCUGCUUCUGGCUUUUCUUUUAGUUCUGAGCAUAUAUGGAAAGUCAUUAAGGAGAACAAAGAUCUCGAUCUUCCUGCACAUAAGGUUAUGGUUGCUACUGUACGAUGUGAAGAAAUAGCCAACGAGAAAUAUGUUUCUUUUGUUGCAAAUGAGGAUUGGUGUCAAUUGGAAGAGGCUGUGCAAUCUGGCCCUAUUCCUGGAUUUGGGAAAAAGCUCAGUUCACUUCUUGAUAUUUGUUUUUCAGAGUAUGAUGCUGAAGCCACCUAUUUUGACGAAGGUGUGAGAUCUUCCAAACAAAAGCAACUACAAGAAAAAUUGUUCCAACUUGUCCAACCAGCAUUCCAAUCUGCGCUGGGACAUAUAAGAUCUGGAACUUUGGAUAAAUUCAAGGAGGCAUUUGACAAGACUUUGAAAGGAGGGGAAGGAUUUUCUGUGGCUGCUAAUAAUUGCAUUGGGUCUUGUAUGGUUCAAUUUGAUGAAGCAUGCACAGAUGUUGUUAUUGAACAAACAAACUGGGAUACAUCUAAAGUACGAGAGAAACUGCUGCGUGAUAUUGAUGCACAUGUUGCAACUGUACGUGCAACCAAGAUUUCUGAACUUACUUCAUCAUAUGAGGAAAAACUUAAACAAGCUUUGUCUGGACCUGUUGAAGCUCUUUUGGACGGAGCUAAUAGUGAUACUUGGCCAUCAAUAAGGAAUCUUUUUAGGCGUGAGACUGAAUCAGCUGUUUCAGGGUUCUCUGCUGCACUUACUGGGUUUGAUAUGGAUGAAGAAACAAGGCAGAAAAUAAUUUUGAGUUUAGAGGAUUAUGCAAGGGGUCUGGUAGAAGGAAAGGCUCGGGAAGAAGCUGGAAGAGUUCUAAUCCGCAUGAAAGACAGGUUUACGAUGUUGUUUAGCCAUGAUUCUGAUUCAAUGCCUCGUGUUUGGACGGGUAAAGAAGAUAUACGAGCCAUCACCAAGACUGCUCGCUCUUCUUCUUUGAAGUUGCUAUCUGUUAUGGCUGCAAUUCGUUUGGAUGAUGAUGACACUGACAAUAUUGAGAAGGUGUUAGCAGUUGCAUUGGUGGAUUCAUCACCAAAUAGUAAUGCUACAAGGAGCAUGACAAUGGUUGAUCCACUAGCUUCUAGCAGCUGGGAACAGGUUUCAUCCUCUAAAACAUUGAUUACACCUGUCCAGUGCAAGUCUUUGUGGAGGCAAUUCAAGACAGAGACAGAGUACAGUGUCUCUCAGGCCAUUUCUGCACAGGAGGCCAACAAGCGCAACAACAACUGGUUACCUCCCCCAUGGGCAAUAGUUGCUUUGGUUAUCCUGGGAUUUAAUGAAUUUAUGACACUUCUAAGAAAUCCCUUGUAUUUGGGUGUCAUCUUUGUUGGUUUUCUUCUCAUUAAAGCCCUAUGGGUGCAGCUUGAUGUUUCGGGUGAAUUUCGCAAUGGAGCUCUUCCAGGAAUCAUAUCCUUGUCUAGCAAGUUUAUUCCAACUAUCAUGAACCUUAUGAAAAAACUAGCAGAGGAGGGACAGAACCCUGCAGCUAACAAUCCUCAGAGAACCCCAUCAAAAAGCAGUUACAAUGAGGGUCAUGCCGUGUCAUCUAGCGCCUCAUCUAACUUGACUAGAUUGGACAACGGAACCGAGUAUGCGAGUCCAUUAAAAGAUGAGUAGGUGAAGACACUCAUCUUACUGAAAACCAAUUUAUUCUGUUGGGAGAUGGUGGUGUGUCUGGUGGCUGCAUGCUUGUCCACAAAAUUCAUGACUUGUGAGCAUUCAAGACAUUCAAAGGCAUUGGUUUUUUUUGUGCAAGUGCCAUAUACAGGGGGCAAUGAUUUGUUGAUGUAGUCCCCCCUUGAGAUAGGUCUCUUUUCCAAUUUAGGCGCUUCAGUUAGUUGGAAAAGUUAUAGCUUAUUUUACAUGGUCUUUGAUGGUUAUGCUGGUUUUGCAAUCAAUUUUGUUUGUAAAUUCGGUGUACUGAGUUUUUUUUUUUUUUUUUGUGGAAAAUUUAUUAAUUGGAUUGUGUGUUUAUGUUAGAUCUUUUCAAAGAGAUACUAGAGUUGAUCGUGCUUGCUGCUUGUAAUGUCAACUAUUGUUUCACGUGUAACAUGGUCUUGGAAGAUAGGAAGAUUGUUUUCUUCUAUUUAUUAAGGAAUUAAAAGUAAACAAUUUUAUUUUAAA